GGACAGGAGUGUCUUAAGACCUUGGACAGUCUGUCUCCCUUUCACCGCGAUCCCCAGGGAUGAAGCUGGAGCUGAUGAUGACCACCAGGCAGAAGGACAAGAAGAACAGGAUGAACUCAGCUGGUUCUUGACUUACCACCACAACCAACCAACCAACCAACCAAAAAGACAUUGUGAACCCACCAAAACUUUAGAGAGCAUGCCAUCAGAUAACUCAAGCCAUCAGAACCUACUCGGGCCCGACGAUGAUGGCGUGCCAACCCUGUGGGACUCCUUCCUCAAGGGCUAUUCACUUGCGGGUGGCUCGGGUAAUUGCAUCGGGACGAGACUGAUAUGGGACCAUUCGUCCGCCCAAGCCGGCCAGCCUGGUCCGGAGUAUCAGUGGCUCUCAUACGCCCAAGUCUUGGCCCGCAUUCGCGACAUCUCCGCCGGCUUGAUCGAGCUCUUCCGGCCGGCUGAUGUCGGCCCCUCUGGCCCGGCUGAUCAUUCGGAUUCGCAGGAUGUCUUGGAUAGACCUAGAGUCGCUCUUUGGUGUCCAAGCAGCCCAUGUUGGACGAUUUCUGAGUAUGCAGCCUAUCGCAAUUCGAUCACCGUCGUCUCGAUCAACGAUCAGCUCCCAGCCCAAGCGGCAUCCAAGAUCAUCCAAGAUACUCACCCAGGUGCCGUGAUCUUAAGCGCCCACAACUUCCAACGCUUGGCCGGAUACCAAGACCAUCAGCGACGGUAUCAGAUCACGAGCUCGCGGAUCGAUGCUUGCGAUCUCGAGUCUACGCCUAGUCCUCGUUCCGCCGGUAGUCCAUCAGCCCACGGCCUGAAAAGGACACCACUAUGCGAAGCUGCAGGGCCGAACGCUUCGGAGGCUGUUGUAAGCUCGGUUACUCGCCACAACAGACGGCCGUCCCAGUCCACCCGAGUUCCGCAGACAUCCCCACCAACCUCUUCCUCCUCGGCUGCUCCUCAAGUCGUCCGACCCCAACGAACAUCAGAUCCCCAGCCGAUCUAUAUUCUCACCGACCCGCUCCAACUCUCCUCUCGCACUAGAUCGAUCGCACUCCAACUCGGAUGGAGCUUCUAUAGUCUCGAAGAAGUCGCCCGGAUCGGUCAUCCUCACAACCUUGCCUCCCUCCCCACCGACACCCCCGAUCAUCAACCGUUCGAACCUCACAACGUUGUCCAUCUUGAGAAGCUUAAUCCACUUCGCCCAGGAUCCGAGACUCUGGCUGGGAUUAUCUAUUCCAGCGGGACUACUGGUGAUCCAAAGCCUUGCGUCCUCAGUCAUUCUAACUUCGCCGCAACCCUCGCCGCUUUUAAUGCUUUGGUCCGCCAGGAACGAUUGAGAGAUCUGCACACUCAAGAUCUCGUUCAAUUCUCUUAUUUGCCCCUGCAUCACAUUUACGAGAAACAGACGCAAGCAUGGGUGAUGAACCAAGGGGGAUCGAUCGGAUUCAGUUCGCUAGAGGGACCGCGCUUCGUCUCGGAUCUGAGCCUGCUCAAGCCCACCUUCCUCGCCACCACGCCCAGCUUCCUCACCCAUCAGAUCCUCGAUCGGCGGCUCCAAUUCUUGAAUAACUUCAGCUCCUUCAAGAGUCCCGUCGAGAGCUAUCUCCUCAAUAAGGCUAUCGAAUCUAAACUCGUCAUGUUGAAGGCUGGAUUCGGCGAACAGAUCUGGUUGUGGGAUCGUUUCGUCUUGGGUUAUCUUCGUGAUCAACUCGGCGGUCGGCUCAAAUGGAUCGUCAGUGGUACUUCACCCCUUUCAAAACAUGUUGCCGAACUGCUGUCGGCUAGUCUGAGCGUGAAGAUCACCGAAGGCUAUGGGUUGACAGAGACCUGUGGCGCGGCUUGCAUCACCGUGGAAGACGGAUCGCAUGAGUUUCAAGUUGGGCACGUCGGUCCUCCUUUACCCUGUUGUGAAAUCAAAUUGGAGAAGGUCGAGGGACUUGUCGCUACUCAAGAGAAUCAAUUCCAAGAAGGAAGGGUGUACGUAAGGGGAGCGAAUGUCUUUCAGGGCUAUUUGGUACCGGGCACGGCUACGAGCGAGGAGCGAAUAUGGAGGGCGGUGGAUUCUGAAGGCUGGUUUGCGACGGGGGAUGUAGGCUACAUGGAUGAAGGAGGUCGCUUACAUCUCGUCGACCGAUUGUUAAGGGAAGAUGGAGAGGGGGGAAGCGGGAGCGGGAUGGUUUUAGGGCAGCAGAUCCACCACCAAUUCAACAUGGUCGACCUGUGCAAGAUCGAGCAGAGGCUGACCGGGGCGAUGCAUGAGGUGGCCCAGAUCUUCGUCUCUGGCCGGACGACGGAGACCCAUGCCGAGGUCGGCGUCGGCUUGCUCGGCCACCUUGUCGGCUUCGUCGUCGUCCAUAGACCCGCCUUUCUGCGCUGGAUCGCCGACUUCCAUCCCCCUCAUAACUUACUCGUUGAUAGACAUACAGACCUAUAUCGCACCGAUCCUUCUUCCCCUUCGCCACACUCCAACCAUGACGAGCAGUGGGAAAUCGUCGAGGAGGAGCCUCUGACGUCGGCCUCCUCCUCCCCUCAGGAAAACCUUAAACCUGCCCUCCCUAUCCAUUCAUCUGCCUCCCCUUCUCUCUCGGACCGCGAAUGUCAGCUCGAACUCGAUAAGAUCUGUCAAGACCCUCAAGUCAUCAAAUCGUUUUUAAACUACUUGACUCGUCGUGCCAAAUCGAUCGGAUUAAAAUCAUACGAGAUCCCGAAAACGAUCCACUUGAGUCCUAACCCGUUCACUCCAACCCUGUCUAGUACUACUCACUUGCAUCCUCAUGAUGAUGAUGAUGAUCAUCAUCAUCAUGAGCAGGCCAACGAGAAAGGAAAAUCAGCCCGAAUCGACGGUGGCCUGGAUGAUCCUCCCGCGAGGUCUCGCCCCGAUCAUCUGCAUCCCUAUGAUCAUCAGGCUUGUUUCCGGAGCUUGAAGUCCAAAAACUCAUGUCUCCUUGCCCACUUUUCGGGCCGAUUAUCAGCCUCUAAUCCUUAA